AUCUGCCAUUCGCCCCAUUUGGUGAGAGAAAAAAAUUAGAAAAAAUGGAGAUGCGUUCCGAAGUCGCAACUCUCUCUUUCUGAAGACUUUGAGUAAUUGAGUGGCCUCAGCCUCAGCCUCCGAGAGAGAGAGAUCAGAACAGAACAGAACAUCACAUCUUCUCACUGACCUUCCAGAUCCCACCCUCGCCGGCGAUCGCCAUGUUCUCCACCGUCCGAUCUCUCUCCCCCCUCCUCGUCUUUGCUUUCCUUCUCCUAUCCCCCGCCUUCGCCUCCGAGGCAGAUCACAAGUAUCAAACAGAAGAACCAGUUACUCUUUGGGUGAAUAAAGUUGGGCCAUAUAAUAAUCCACAAGAAACGUACAAUUACUACAGUCUUCCUUUCUGUCAUCCAUCUGAAAAUGCCGCUCACAAAUGGGGUGGUCUUGGUGAAGUCUUGGGUGGAAAUGAACUUAUUGAUAGCCAGAUUGACAUAAAGUUUCAAAAAAAUGUGGAUAGGGCCACCAUUUGUCAACUUGAACUUGAUGAUCAAAAGGUUAAACAAUUCAAGGAUGCAAUUGAGAAUAGUUACUGGUUUGAAUUCUUCAUGGAUGAUCUGCCUUUAUGGAGCUUUGUUGGUGAGUUGCAUCAGGACAAGAACAGUGAAAAUGGCAAGCAUGUCCUUUUCACGCAUAAGCUUAUUAUUGUCAAAUACAAUAAAGAUCAGAUAAUUCAUGUGAAUCUCACUCAAGAUACUCCAAGGCCGCUGGAAGCAGGGAAAAAGUUGGACCUGACAUACUCUGUCAAAUGGAUUCCAACCACUGUCACCUUUGCACGUCGUUUUGAUGUCUAUUUGGACUACCCUUUCUUUGAGCACCAAAUACAUUGGUUCUCGAUUUUCAAUUCGUUCAUGAUGGUUAUAUUCCUUACUGGUUUGGUGUCAAUGAUAUUGAUGCGGACUCUUAGGAAUGACUAUGCAAAAUACGCUCGGGAAGACGAUGAUCUGGAGACUCUGGAAAGGGAUGUCAGUGAAGAGUCUGGCUGGAAACUUGUGCAUGGGGAUGUUUUUCGGCCUCCUCGGAGUCUGGUUAUUCUUUCAGCUGUUGUUGGCACAGGAGCUCAGCUAGCUUUGCUUGUUCUCCUCGUCAUCUUACUGGCAAUUGUUGGAAUGUUGUAUGUUGGGAGAGGUGCAAUUGUUACAACUUUCAUAGUGUGUUAUGCCCUUACCUCAUUCAUUUCUGGUUAUGUAAGUGGUGGGAUGUAUUCACGGAAUGGGGGUAAAAACUGGAUAAAGUCAAUGAUUCUCACAGCAUCUCUAUUUCCAUUUAUGUGCUUUGGAAUUGGGUUCGUCUUGAACACCAUUGCUAUAUUCUAUGGGUCUCUAGCAGCUAUUCCUUUUGGCACAAUGGUGGUUGUUUUUGUCAUUUGGGCUUUCAUCUCUUUUCCUCUAGCACUUCUUGGCACUGUUGUUGGAAGAAACUGGAGUGGUGCUCCUAAUAAUCCCUGUCGUGUGAAAACCAUUCCUCGUCCUAUUCCUGAGAAGAAAUGGUAUUUAACCCCAUCUGUUGUCUCAAUGAUGGGAGGACUUCUGCCCUUUGGAAGCAUAUUUAUCGAAAUGUAUUUUGUCUUCACAUCCUUCUGGAAUUACAAGGUGUACUAUGUCUAUGGCUUUAUGCUUCUUGUUUUUCUGAUUCUCAUCAUUGUUACUGUAUGCGUGACGAUUGUGGGGACAUACUUCUUGCUUAAUGCUGAGAACUACCACUGGCAAUGGACUUCAUUCUUUUCUGCUGCAUCAACAGCUGUCUACGUGUACUUGUAUUCAAUAUAUUACUACUAUGCGAAGACUAAGAUGUCAGGUUUCUUCCAGACCAGCUUCUAUUUUGGGUACACUUUGAUGUUUUGCCUUGGCUUAGGAAUUCUCUGUGGAGCUGUUGGAUAUCUGGGCUCUAAUUUGUUUGUGAGGAGGAUCUACAGAAACAUCAAGUGCGACUAGUGUUUCUCUGAGAGGAAAUGGUCCUGAUGGAGCUUCCGUGAGUACAUUGGUCGUUGUUGAGGCGAUAGAUUCUGAUUGGAAGCUACAUGGUCAUGGAUGGGGAUCCAGUAACCUCUACAGAUUAAAAUCACAGGGUUUGAGGAUAGGGAUGUAUUCUUUCUCUGGACUUGGGAAAGCCCUGAGAUUUUUUUUGUUUUCCCCGGCUGUAAGUGAAAGCCUUAAUUUUAGAUUGCAGAGAUUGUUUUAUAAUCUAAGAAAGUUAGCAGAUGUCGAACUCUCCUGUUACUUUAUUAUUUUCUUUUUCGACCUUUUACAAAUAGGUGCCCCAUUACUCUUUCAAUCUGUACGGCUUUGGGAUGGAUGAAAAGAGGGGAAAGACUUUUCUGAAAUGAACUUUUGCUUCUCGAUUAUGUAACGACUUGUGAAUUUUGAUUCCAUCUGUACCCUGCAUAUAUAAGUAUCAUUGUCUCAAACCACACAUUGUGAGGUGAUAA